AUGGAUUACCUAUCACUAGUCGUGACAGCAGUGGUCGUGUUUACAGGCUUGUACUAUUAUGCCCGCCGAGGCCUAGAUUUUUUCAAGAAGCACGGCAUUCCACACGUGCCACCGCUACCAAUUUUCGGGAACAUGGGUAAUAUCUCGUUUAAAAGAGAAACAGCGACGGCCUUCUUGAAAAAAAUGUACAACAUUCACCCUGACGCCAAGUACGUCGGCUUCUACGAGUUUACCAAUCCCAUCGUGCUGCUGCGGGACCUCGAUCUCAUUAAAUCCAUCACUAUCAAGAAUUUCGAGACGUUCCCAGACCAUCGUCCUAUUAUCAAGAACGAACAGGACUCUCUAUUCGGCCGGAUGCUAUUUUUCAAGAGUAGUGAGGACUGGAAGGAUCUGAGGCACAAUAUGUCGCCAGUCUUCACGUCCAGCAAGAUCAAGGGGAUGUUCACGCACAUGUCGAAUGUCGCGGUAUACUUCUCGAACUAUAUGUCCAAGAUACCAGAGAAAGAGCAGGAAAUCGAGCUGAAGGCCGUGCUCACAAAAUAUACGAACGACGUGAUCGCUACUUGUGUGUUUGGAAUCGGCGUGAAUUCGAUCGAGGAUCCUAACAACGCGAUCUACGUGAACGGGAGAGGAGUCACUAACUUCAGCGGACCCCUGCAGUAUCUGAAGUUUCUACUAAUAAGAAACUGGCCGUCGUUGGUGCAGCUGCUGAAUAUCAAGUUCGUACCGGCCAAACGGGAGAAAUACUUCGAGGACUUGAUCGUGGACACUAUGAACCAGAGGGAAAAGAACGGUAUUUAUAGACCCGAUAUGAUGCAGUAUCUGAUUGAGGUCAGGAAAAAGAGCAAAGCAGAGAGACAAUUGACUGACAAAGACAUGGCCUCUCAGGCUUUCGGCUUCUUUUUCGGUGGUUACGAAACCGUGGCGUCUCAGGCCUGCUCGACUAUUCACAAUAUAGUCACAAACCCCGAAGUCCAAGAGAGAUUGCAGCAAGAGAUCGACCAGAUACUGGAGAAGACGCAGGGACAGAUUACUUACGAUACGAUAGUCGGCAUGGAAUAUUUAGACGCUGUAUUGAAUGAGUCAUUGAGGAUGUACCCAUCCUCUCUUUUUUUGGACAGGGUGUGCAUGCAGGACUUCGAGCUGCCUCCAACAUUGCCUGGUCACAAACCGUUCAUCGCCAAAAAGGGGACGAAUGUGUGGAUCCCAGUUUACGCGAUUCAAACCGAUCCCAAUUACUUCGAGGAUCCUGAGAAGUUUAAUCCGGAACGAUUCCUUCAGGAUGGCAAGAGAAUCGCGAGUUCUGGCACAUUUAUCCCAUUCGGAGUGGGACCAAGAUCCUGCAUAGGCAAUAGGUUCGCGUUGAUCGAGAUCAAGGUCCUGCUUUUCCAUCUUUUUGCUCGUUGUGACUUGAAGCCUUGUUCGAGAACGAAUAUACCGUUGAAAAUGGCUAAAGGUGUGCUAGGUAUCCUCUCCGAAAAUGGAUUCUGGUUGAAGGUCGAACCCAGAAAACACAUUAGCCCAUUUGUUGUACAAUAA